AUGCAGAAAAAAAAUCCAAAGGAGGAGUGUAAGGAUAUCAUGACCAGGGGUAGGAGAGCCAUUCUUGCUGAAGAUGAGGGUAGGUUGGUUGCUGAAAACCAAGAUGUUGUUGCUGAAAAAGAGAAGGAAGAAGAGAAGGAAGAUGAGGAUGAUCAAUUGAAUGAGGGACCAAUAAAUGAGAAGAGAGAAGAGGAGAAGAAGAGUAAGAGUGAGCGUGCCCGUGAGAAGAAAAAGGAGGCAGCUCCAGCUGAAGGGAGAAAGGUGCCAUAUCCACUGGACAUGCUAACCCGAAAGAGCAAGUAUAUACAUAGUGACACCAUUGUUAUGGAAGGAAACUGUAGUGCAGUGAUUCAACGCAUCCUUCAACCCAAGCACAAAGAUCCAGGCAGUGUCACCAUCCCUUGCUCUAUUGGUGCAGUUUUAGUUGGUAAGGCUCUUAUUGACUUAGGAGCUAGCAUUAAUUUGAUGUUGCUCUCCAUGUGUUGGAGAAUGGGAGAGCUAGAGAUAAUGCCAACACGAAUGACACUGCAGUUAGCAGACCACUCCAUCACCAGACCAUACGGAGUUAUAGAGGAUGUUUUGGUCUGA